AUCUACAGCUUAGAACAAAACGACCAAAGACAUUCAAAAUGGCGCCGAAAGUUCCUAAAAAGCCAUUGAAAUCUAUGGAGAAGCCUAUCGAAAAACCGAUUUCAAAAUCAAAGAAGAUGAAAAAGAAGACGUUUACCAACUUCUCCAUUUAUUUAUACAAGUUAUUAAGACAAGUAACACAGAAUAAGAUUGGAAUAUCAAGGAAAUCAAUGUUGAUAAUGAAUAAUUUUGUCUAUGACAUGUUGGAGAAGAUAGCUUCAGAAGCGGGGAGGCUCGUAGCGCAUUCGAAACGGAAUACAUUGAGUAGCCGGGAAAUCCAAUCUGCUAUCAAACUUUUGGUACCAGGUGAACUAGCGAAACACGCAAAUAUGGACGCCUUGAAAGCAGUGACGAUGUACCACAAUAGCCAAGAGAAUGAAGUUUGAUUUUGACCACGAAGACUUAAGAUUUAAGAUUUGUAAAUAAAUAAUUAUAAUAAUUGUAAUUAUUCUAG